CCUGGGUCACAGAGCCACCUUCCGUGUCCUGCAGCGCUCUGUUCUCACCAGCACCUCCAGCCCCGAGUGCCCAGUACUCUUGCUCAGCCAGGAACACCAGCAUGUCUCUCCAGUCGAAAGUGUCUGUCCGGAGUGGGGGCAGCCGCAGCUUCAGCGCCGCCUCGGCCAUCACCCCGUCCAUCUCCCGCACCAGCUUCACCUCUGUGUCCCGGUCCGGGGGUGGUGGUGGAGGCUUUGGCAGGGUCAGCCUUGGGGGUGUUUGUGGAGCGGGCGGCUAUGGCAGCCGGAGCCUCUACAACCUGGGGGGCUCCAAGCGGAUCUCCAUCAGUACUAGCGGCGGCAGCUUCAGGAACCGAUUUGGCGCCGGGGCUGGAGGCGGCUAUGGCUUUGCAGGCGGCGCCGGGAGCGGAUUUGGUUUCGGCGGUGGAGCUGGUGGUGGCUUUGGGCUCGGGGGCGGCGCUGGCUUUGGCGGUGGCUUUGGUGGCCCUGGUUUCCCCGUCUGUCCCCCUGGAGGCAUCCAAGAGGUCACCAUCAACCAGAAUCUCCUCACUCCUCUGAACCUGCAAAUCGACCCCACCAUCCAGCGGGUGAGGACUGAGGAGCGGGAGCAGAUCAAGACCCUCAACAACAAGUUUGCCUCCUUCAUCGACAAGGUGCGGUUCCUGGAGCAGCAGAACAAGGUCCUGGACACCAAGUGGACCCUGCUGCAGGAGCAGGGCACCAAGACUGUGAGGCAGAACCUGGAGCCCCUGUUCGAGCAGUACAUCAACAACCUUAGGAGACAGCUGGACAGCAUCCUGGGGGAGCGAGGCCGCCUGGACUCGGAGCUGAGGAACAUGCAGGACCUGGUGGAGGACUUCAAGAACAAGUAUGAAGAUGAAAUCAACAAGCGCACUACCGCUGAGAAUGAGUUUGUGAUGCUGAAGAAGGAUGUGGAUGCUGCCUACAUGAACAAGGUGGAGCUAGAAGCCAAGGUCGAUGCACUGAUGGACGAGAUCAACUUCAUGAAGAUGUUCUUUGAGGCGGAGCUGUCCCAGAUGCAGACACACGUCUCGGACACCUCCGUGAUCCUGUCCAUGGACAAUAAUCGCAACCUGGACCUGGACAGCAUCAUUGCUGAGGUCAAGGCCCAGUACGAGGAGAUCGCCAACCGCAGCCGGACAGAGGCCGAGUCCUGGUACCAGACCAAGUAUGAGGAGCUGCAGCAGACAGCUGGCCGGCACGGCGAUGAUCUCCGCAACACCAAGCAUGAGAUCUCCGAGAUGAACCGGAUGAUCCAGAGGCUGAGAGCCGAGAUCGACAAUGUCAAGAAGCAGUGCGCCAGCCUGCAGGCCGCCAUUGCUGAUGCUGAGCAGCGUGGGGAGCUGGCCCUCAAGGAUGCCAGGAACAAGCUGGCUGAGCUGGAGGACGCCCUGCAAAAGGCCAAGCAGGACAUGGCCCGGCUGCUGCGGGAGUACCAGGAGCUGAUGAACACCAAGCUGGCCCUGGACGUGGAGAUCGCCACUUACAGGAAGCUUCUGGAGGGCGAGGAGUGCAGACUGAGUGGAGAAGGAGUUGGGCCAGUCAACAUCUCUGUCGUCACAAACAGCAUCUCCUCUUCAUAUGGCGGAGGCAGUGGCUUUGGCGGUGGCCUCAGUGGAGGUCUUGGCAGUGGCCUGGGUGGAGGUCUUGGCAGUGGCCUGGGUGGAGGUGGUGGUGUAAGCUACUAUUCCAGCAGCAGUGGGGGUGUUGGUCUAGGCAGUGGGCUCAGUGCGGGGGGCGCGGGCUUCAGUGCAGGCAGUGGCCGAAGCCUGGGGGUGGGCUUGGGCAGUGGUGGGGCCAGCAGCUCCAGCGUCAAGUUUGUCUCCACCACCUCCUCCUCCCGGAAGAGCAUCAAGAGCUAAGCGCCUUCUGCAAGUCACUGCUUCCAAGUGCAGCAAUCCGGCCCGUGGUGACUGCCUCUUCCUGGUGGAUGCCCAGGCCAAGUCUCUCUUUUUCUAGAGUGUAGUCUAGACCAAGCCUAUUGCAGAACCACAUUCUUCGGUUUCCAGUAGGGUCUAAUCCCCAGUCUCCAGUCUCCCAUGUCGCAAUUCUAUGUUCUGCUUCAAAUCAGCCUUUUGGUCUCUGCAGCAUGGUCCUUGAUAAGAGAAGAAUCCAAAGUUUUCUAGGAUCUAAACUGUCAAAACAGAGUUCCUGUCCCAAUCCCAAAUUUUGUUCUGGUUCUGACUACCUCCAGAGUGGGUUCAAUAAAAUACUUUUAUAAGCUGU